AGCCUUGCGGUAUCUUUCACAGCCUGCGCAAACUCGCUCGUAACAGAUAUCAUCCUCCCGAUAAUAUCCCUCCUCCCAUUCCUUGCCCGCAGCCUCGACGAGAAGUUCGCGGUACUGAAGCAUGGCCCAAACUACAAUGGCACUAUUUCGACUGGAUAUAAUACGAAAGAUCAAGCACUAGCUGAUGGCGCCGUGGUAUUUGCGUAUGGAAGUUUCUUGGACAAGGCCAUGAGGUUCCUGCUCAUUGCCGUCGCGCUUUGGGCGAUUGCAAGCAUAUACUCUAAGAUGACGGAUGAUAAUAUUGUUAAGAAGCAGGUCAGGUGCAAGUAUUGCAGGAAGUAUAUUAGUGAAAAGGCAAAACGAUGUGUCAACUGCACCAGCUGGCAGGAUGGGCGAGAAGAGCAGGGUCAACUAUAA